AUGUUGCGGAAUAAAAGGAUUCUUUUGAUUGAGGGAGGAUCUAGGAAGGAGUACGUCAGACAGUCUGAUCAUAACAUACGUGUGGUUGCUAUUACCCCCAUAAAUCGUAGUCUUCUGGAAGGGGUGGGUGCAUGGAGUGAAAUCGAGAGUGCACGUUAUCAGGCGAUCCACCAAAUGAAGGUUAUCGAAAAUGGUACCACAGCUAGUCUUCUUCUCGAACGUUCAAAUCCCAAUGAUGUAAUGGGGUACAUCGUCGAAAACGACCUCAUAGUAUCAUCUCUCACAAACUCUGUUGAAAAAUUUGCAGCGGAAUCUGGCACUAGUGCUCGUCCUGGGUCUAUUGAAGUUCUAUACGAUACCCCGGUCGAAGACUUGUGCAUACCGAAGACAUUUACAGAUACCGAUUUUCCUGAGAUCUCUGUUAAUCCUCGCCGUAGGGGUGAAAAAAUUGCCAUCAAAGCAUCUUUAUUGGUGGGCGCUGAUGGGUUUAAUUCGCGCGUUCGAAAAGCCUCAGGUAUUCAUACAAUCGGAUGGCAGCAUGAUCAGUCGGCAAUUAUUGCAAAUCUUAACCUUGGUUCCGUAUGUGGUGACAUCUUUAUUUCUUGGUGUUCAGAAUAUGAUUAUACGAUCGCAUGGCAGCGCUUCACCGAGACUGGUCCCAUAGCUUUUCUACCGUUUGGCCCGAAGAGAUGCUCUGUGACCUGGAGCACAACACGAUCCGAGGCGAAGCGUCUGAUGGCUCUCAGUGAUGAGGGAUUCGUUAAUGAACUCAACUACCACAUGUCACAGCCCUCCUAUUGUCCAAGUGGUUUUGUCUCUACACUUUCGAAGGUCAUUCGCAUGAGCGUGUCAAAAAAAAAAACUUCAUUCGAUCCGCCCAAGGUCCUUUCUGUACAACCUGGUACUCGGGUUCAGUUCCCCCUUAAUUUCAGUCACUGCACUUUUUAUCAUGGACCCCGCGUGGCUCUAAUUGGAGAUGCAGCCCAUCGUAUUUUGCCGCUUUCUGGUCAGGGCGUAAACAUGGGUUUUGGAGAUGCCGCUUGUCUUGCCGAAACAAUUAACCGCUCUCUUUUCCAUGGCGAAGACGUGGCACAUCUUCGAAAUCUUUCUCGCUUCACCUCUGAGCGUCAGCGUUCAGUCUUUCCUUUGGGUGUCUUUGUUGAGGGCAUUCAGGCCCUAUAUGCACCUGACGAGGUGUUUGGUGGACCUCUGCAGAUGGAUGGGCCUCCUACGUCAAGACGCGCUCUUAUUCGUCGCCUCAGCGCUUAUUACGGCGUCUCUGAUGCUGUGCUUAGUCUCAGAGGUCUGGGUCUCGAUCUUGUUGAUGCCUGUGUUCCACUAAAGUUUCAGAGGAAGUUCAGAAAGGUUGGAUUUGGUAGUCACGUCACAGCGAAAAUAUCACGUCCUAACUUCCUCAGUCAGUACAGACCUGAUAAGGCUCAGAUCAUAACUGUCUAUCUACCAAAGACGGCGAAAUAUCAGAUGAAGUCCCUCAUGGUUGUUGGCUUUCGAAUAUCCUCCCAUCGGUCAGGUAAACAAAGAAGCGGUCUAAAAACAGUCGAUAUGGUGGAAGUUUCGAGAGAUUAUGUGAUGAAUGGCCUUUUUGUGUACACUGAUUACGGGGCUCGCGCUUAUUUCGAGGAUAACAGUGUUAAUGGCUGGCAUUUAGAUGAAUAG